CAUGGCAAAUCCCAUUCCUUUCCCCCUCCAUGAGAGAAUCCCUCGUAAAAACACCCUAAAGAGAGUAGUAGAACUCACCAUCUUCUUCCUACUACUUGCUCUCCUCUGUUAUCGUCUCCUUAACAACAACCAUAGCGUGGGUUGGAAACUCGCAUUCCUCUGCGAGUCAUGGUUCACCUUCUAUUGGAUCCUUAUCAUGAAUCUUAAAUGGAACCCUUUGGAGUACAAAACAUAUCCCCAACGCCUCUUAAAUCGUGGCAUUGAGCUUCCACCGGUGGACUUGUUUGUGACGACAACAGACUCUGUUCUUGAAUCUCCAAUCAUCACAGUGAACACUGUUCUCUCCUUGUUGGCUCUUGAUUACCCAACUCACAAGCUCGCUUGCUAUGUGUCUGAUGAUGGCGCUUCUCCUCUUACCUUCUAUUCUCUCAUGGAAGCAUCUAAGUUUGCAAAGCUCUGGGUUCCUUUUUGUAAGAAGCAUGAUCUUCAAGUCAGAGCUCCUUUUAUGUAUUUCUCCUCCAAGGCAGCCACCGCCGCCACCGAUUUCUCACCGGAAUUCCGACAGGAAUGGAGAAAGAUUAAGAAUGGAUACGAACAACUUUGCCACAGAAUUGAAAUGGCAAUUCAGAAAGGUGUCCCAUGUGAACUGUCAGGAGAAUUUGCAGCUUUCUCAGGAAUUGAUCAUAGAAACCAUCCUACCAUAGUUAAGGUUAUAUGGGAGAACAGGGAAAAUAUUUCAGAUGAGAUACCACAUCUGGUAUACUUGUCAAGAGAGAAGCAGCCCAAGCACCCACAUCAUUUCAAAGCAGGAGCAAUUAAUGUCUUGAGUAGAGUAUCAGGUGUGAUGACAAACUCUCCUUUCAUGCUCAAUGUGGACUGUGACAUGUUUGCGAACAAUCCACAAGUUGUGCUUCAUGCAAUGUGUCUCCUGCUUGGCUUUGAGAAAGAAACUGAAAGUGGUUUCGUUCAGUAUCUACAGAUGUUCUAUGGAGGGCUAAAGGAUGACCCUUUUGGAACUCAAGCUGUAGUCCGAAUUGAAUACUUACUUCGUGGAUUUUUGGGACUGCAAGGACCUCUAUAUGCUGGAACUGGAUGCUUUCACAGAAGAAAAGUUAUAUAUGGGCUAUGUGCUACGGAUGCAACAGAAAAUAAGGGAAGAAAUAUCGGUGUCGCUAAUGGAAAAUCACUCGAAGUACUACGAACAAAAUUUGGUGAUUCAAUAGAAUUUGCAGAAUCAGCAGCUCAAACAUUAUAUGGGACAAACUACAGCAUAAAUCAUCCCCACAAUCUUUCUAGCUGUAUCGAGGCAGCAAUACUUGUUGCAGGUUCAGCUUAUGAGUAUAAUACUGAUUGGGGUACAAAGGUGGGUUUGGUCUAUGGAUCAAGUACGGAAGACUUGCUAACGGGAAUCAGAAUUCAUGCAAGGGGUUGGAGAUCCAUAUACUCAGAUUUGGACUCACCCGCAUUUCUUGGGUGUGCACCGACGGGUGGACCCGAAAUUAUGACCCAAAUGAUAAGAUGGAUCACUGGUUUUCUAGAGAUCCUCUUCAGCAGCAGAAGUCCCAUUCUUGCCACUCUCACUGAAAAGCUCCAAUUCAGACAAAGCUUGGCCUAUCUUUACAUAUUGCUAUGGGGACCAUGUUCUCUACCUCAGUUCUGCUAUGCUCUAUUGCCGGCUUACAGUAUCUUCACCAACACCCAUUUCCUGCCUAUGGUCUCUGAACCAGCUAUAUUCAUUUCGGGAGCACUUUUCAUCAUUUAUAACCUCUACACUCUAUCGGAGUACAUCCAAUGUCGCCUCUCAGUCCGAGAAUGGUGGAACAACCAGAGAAUGACAUGGAUAACCACCUCCACUGCAUGCUUGUUUGGAUUCCUAAGUUUCUUUCCCAAGUUCUUAGGGCUUUCAGAGAAUGUUUUCAAAGUUACACCAAAAGAUCACCAAGUCACCUCCAGCCAAGGUUCUGUUGCAGAUGCCAAUAAUGGUCAUUUUACCUUCGAUGAGUCACCAAUCUUUGUGCCACCAACAGUCCUUUUGUUUGUGAACUUGACUGCACUUUCCAUGGCCUUCCUUGAUGGAUCUCGGUUGAGGCUAGGGGAGAUCAUUUGUUCUGCAUGGAUGGUGCUAACUUUCUUGCCCUUCCUCAGAGGAGUCCUUCGAAAAGGAAUAUAUGGGAUCCCAUGGUCCACCAUUUGCAAAUCAGCUAUGUUGGCAUUACUCUUCUUGUACUUCUCAAGGCAGUGGGCUUGUAAAGGUUAAAUAGAUCUUCUCAGAAUCAUAGUUUG